UGUCGGUCGAGGUAUUGUAUGGCGUUUAGCCAGGUGUGACGUUCUGUUUGUGUGUAUAUGCCAAUUUAGCGGUGUAGCAUAGUUUAAAAGAAACUUCGCUAUGAACGAGGAGUUCCAGGAAAAGCUCGAAGAUGUUUCCCAUCUGCCCCUGGUGCAGAGAAUGCAACACAAGCAAAUGGGCAACAAAGAAAAGGGCUGGGCGGACUGUGAGGCGUUUCUCAAAGAGCUCCCUGAGGAAGAUUCGCAGUUUAAGGAAUAUGCACCACUUAUUAAGAAAACCCUCAAGGAAAAAAGCCCGAAAUCUAUCAUGUUAGCACUCUCCUGUCUUGGGCCUCUUGUCCGGGGUUAUACGCUCGACGAGGCCGAAUACGCUGACUUAUUUGGACACAUGUGCACAAACAUUCUUAAUCAUGCGAACAAAAAUAUUGCUAGCCAGUGUCGAGACGUAUUUAACGUUUGUAUCGAACGUGAACAGCAUGAUGCUGUGGUUGACGCGUGCGUUAAAGCAGCAACAUCUUCAAAGACACCUAAGGUACACGAGGUCAACGUGGCGUUUCUCGUGACUGCCUUGAAAGAUUAUGGGCCCGGUGUCAUAAAUCUAAGGAAGGUUAAGCCAGUGCUCACAUUAGUAACAAGCGCGAACGGUAACGUCCGCAAUGAAUGUCGCAAUCUUAUCAUGGAAAUGUACCGUUGGGCUAAGGAUGAUAUGAAACCGCUUCUCAAAGACCUACCUGAAAAGAACCUUCCAAAAGAGUGUGAGUUCGAAGCAUUCAAAGACGAGACUCCCCAGCCUGUUAAGUUUACCCGAGCUAUGCAAGAGGCACGAAGCAAGGCCAUCAGUUCAGGAGCCGACAAAGCUGCUCUAGCAGCUGCCACGCCUUUGAUCGGGUGUCUUGUGGAUCCGAUCGACAUAUUUAAGAAGAUACCUAAUCUAAUGAAACUGCUCGCAGAUAAAACCGAAUUAAAGGGAGUACUUCCUACGUUGAAAGAUACGCUGGAGCAAAAUCCGGCAUUACUUCCAAAUCUUAACUAUGAUGAGCUCAUCAAGGUUCUUCUAAAUAUAGCAGUGAACGAAGCGAAGUUUAUGUUGUCGGUCGAUUCAUGUAAAUCGCUGACGCAACUCGCCCUGAAGGUACCCAAUUGCAUCGCUUCCCACUCUUCAAAAGCUAUACCCGAGCUGGUGAAACGUGCUGGCUUUCGCCAGAAAGCAUUGGUAGAUGCGUGUAAUAAGGCAGUCGAUGCGAUGGUGCCCACAGUAAAGUUUGAUAAGUUCCUGGAUCUGGUUGCCGAGUUGGUUGAAGACAAAAAGCCAGAUAUAGUUAUGGAGGCUGGCGAGCUUAUAGCGAGAUCCGUACCUCGAUGUCCUGAAAAUGAGCGACCAAAGAAGCUGCCUGUUGCAUUAGUGAAUGCACUCGGAAAGGCAUUCGCUUGCAGUAAGCCAGAGGCUAGGGACGCUGCGAUGAAAGCUGCCGGAGCUCUACUUAAGUUGACAAAUGACAAAGCUCUACAGGCACAAGUAGACAAGCUUGACAACCCGAAAAAAAAUAAAGUGAAUGAUUUCAAGAAUAAAUGUGAGCUACUUGGCGAAGGAGGAGGCCAAGCACCUAAUGGAGCAGGGGAUGCCCUUCCUAGAAUUGCUGCGCCAAUCAAAAAGAUUCCGAAGGUUCCUUCGAAGGAAAGUGUCGCAUCAGAUGCUUCCGAGCAGAAAGAGUCGUCGGUACCUCCGCCAGUAGUACGAAAACCAUCUGCAAAAGCAGGAUCUGCGAAGACCGCUGCAAAACCAGCUACCGCAAGAUCUGGCGGUACUGGUGGUGGACCAUCUGGUGGCAAGAAGAAACCGACUGCAGGUUCUGCCAAGGGGUCUGGUAAGAUGGUGUUUACAGAGAGCGUACUUUCUGAUGAAGACCUCGUCACUCAACUCGAAUCAAUUGCCGGAGAGACGAUUCGCAAUCAACUCGUUAACAGCAACUGGAAGAUCCGGCUUGCCGCUUGUGAAGAACUGAAAGCCAAUGUCAGCAGCUUGGAUGACGGAGCCAUUCCGGCACAAGCAAUUACGCGCAUACUCACAAAGAAGCCAGGGCUAAAGGACAGCAAUUUCCAAGUGCUUAAGGUUAAGAUAGAGAUUUUAGGCGACAUCUUUACGCGCGGAAGGGUAUCUUUACACACGCUUGAUGCUUGCAAAGCAGAUUUGACAGAGAAACUUGGGGAUCCCAAGAAUUCAGCAGUGGCUUCUCAGGCGCUUAUGAGUCUCGCCGAAGCCACCAGUCUGGAUGUAGUGUCUACGCAGGUUCUAGAGGCUGCUUUUGCCCAGAAAAGUCCCAAGGUUCAGUCCGAGGCACUUAAUUGGACCGGUCAGGCAAUCAAGGAGUUUGGUUUUAAAGUACCAGCUAAAAGCGUUAUUGAAACUAUGAAAUCAGCUCUUGGCGCCAGCAAUCCGGCGGUAAGGGCUGCCGCUGUGAAACUAUUUGGUGUCAUGUACAUGUAUCUCAAGGCACCAUUGAGGGGAUUCUUUGAGAGUGAGAAACCUGCUGUACUUGCUCUGCUUGAUCAAGAAAUGGCGGCAGUUCAAGACGAAACACCGCCGACGCCGAUACGGGGCGUGAAAGCGUCAGCUGGUGAUGACGCGACCGAUGGCGGCGGAGGAGGAGAUGCCGAAGAUGGACCAGAGGAAGUGGAUGCUGCAGACCUUUUGCCGAGAGCAGAUCUCAGUGGGAGCCUUCAGGGUGCCAUAAUUGCAGAAAUGUGUGACUCCAAUUGGAAAGUUCGACUUGAAGCGCUUAAUAAGGUACAAGCUAUUGUAAACGAGGCGAGCGCUAUAACGUCUGACCUUGGGGAGCUCCCAAAGGCACUCAAAGCUCGUAUCGGGGAUACCAACAAAAACCUGGCUAAUAUCGCUAUAAAACUCUGUCAGUCAUUGAUUGAGGCUAUGGGCCCAAACGGACACAAGCAUUCACACGUGCUCCUACCUGCUGUAAUGGCGGCUCUAGCUGAUUCAAAAAUUCAGUUGCGCCUAACGGCUAUUAGCUGUCUUGACAAGUGGUAUGAAGUGUGCCGGGAUCCCCUCAACAUGUUCCUAGAUAGUGAUAAAAUAAGUGACGCUUUCAAGUCAGAUAACCCAUAUCUACGAAGUGAUCUGCUUGACUGGUUUGCCGGAAAGCUAGAUAGCCAUAAGGGAAAGCUGAACAAAGAAUUUUUAAACACAUGUAUUAAUCCAGUCUUCUCGUGCCUGGAGGAUCGAAAUGGUGAAGUACGAAAGAAGGCACAAGCCUGUCUACUACCUUUAGGAAAACAUACUGGUUUCAAUGCACUUCAGGCACGCUGCAAUGCCUUGCCUCCAUCAAGUAGGAGUGCGAUUGGCAAACAACUCGAGGCUAUUAAAGGCGAACUGGCAAAGUCAGCCUUGCCGCCCCCUCAGGCAGCCAUUGCGGUACCUUCAUCAAGCAAAGCGCCAGCAGAAAAAAAGGCUGCAUCUGUUGCCGGUAACUCUGCAACAUUCACCCGUAAACCAUCAAACCUUACGAAGGUGUCCAGAGAUCCGGAACUAGAAACUGAGGAAACCGUACCACCCCGAGAGGAAAAACGUUCAGGGAAAAAGGGUGAAGAAGAAAUGAAUCCAGCGCUGCUGUUUGCUAGUAGAGACCUUCGUCAGCCAGCAAUGCGCAAAGAUCCAAUGAUGCGCUGGUACAUUCACGAUACGAAGACGCUGGAGAAGGAGAAGCAGGAGCUACUGGGAGAAUUGAAAAGGAUGUUCGAAGCAGCCGGGGGCAGCUCCCAGUGCAUCCAGCUAUCCUUCUCAGAGAUGCUGCCACAUCAUCAAAAAAUUACGGAUAUCUGGAUUCAGGCACUCCGAGACGAAACAACACAGGAUAUGAUGCUGGCCAACCGUGACCUCAUUAUUCGCUGGGGCGCUGUACACUGCUACGAUAAGAAUUGGAUGACUAUCAAUCACUUCAUGCGGUUCUUGCUCGAACUGUUCCCGAUCAUGAACGAACGCGGCGUGGCGCUCGAGGCCGUGGAAGUCAACAUCCUCCUGCCAAACUUCUUAUCAAAGUUUGUCUCCAUGACUGCGCAGAGUCAAGAGCUGGUCGAUAGUGUAAUGCGUUCCCUGCCACUGGUUUGCAAGCCAUCUCAGAUUUUCAUGAACGUUGCUGAUAUGCUCAAGAACCAAAAAAACUUUAAGCUUGCCAAGAAUAUGAUCGACGAGUUAAACAAGUUAAUGGACGAGCAUCGCGAUGAAAUUCGACGUCUGCCUAAUCUUCGCGUUGUCGUAAAAGCGCUAUGCGACCUGACCAAGCAAGCUAAUAUGAAAGAGGCGAGCCUCCGCACUAUCGCCGAGCUCUGUUAUCUAAAGGAAGGUCACAAAGACCAACGUGAUAUGAUGCGAGAGAUCUCUGAUAAGGAUCGCGCAACAAUCGAGAAAUAUAUGACAAAAAUCCGCGAGGAACGACCCCCGCCAGCACCUGCGCGAGAAGUUCGAGACGCUGUUACCGAACCGUCUUCACCGGCGCGACAACUUGCACGACCAUCAGCUGGGGGCAAUUCAAGCGGUUCGCUUGCUAACCGCACGAUAACCCGUACAUCGGGUAUUGGCCGAGGUAUCCCAUCGCCUCGAGGGAGCUUGCAGUUUUCGCCUCGAACACCCCCGCAACAUCUGCAACAGCAGCAGCAACAGCAAAUGGAACAUUUGAACGCAGUCAACAACAACACUCCUAUGAGUCAUCACAAUAUUCACCUUGAGGGUCACGGACCAUCAACCGGGCAGGCCGGUGGUUUUGUUGAUCCCUGUGGCACUUUCGUUCGCACAAGUGGCACCAACCGAUCACCUCUGGGUCUGUCAAGGACCAUCAGGCAACCAUCGGCACCAGUGCGAGCAACGUACGACGCUGAAAACUUCGAGCGGAUCUCACGUCUAGCAGAUCUUGCCCUGAGGAAGGAGGAACAGACGCGUCUUAGUGGCGGUCCGAUACCAAACCUCCCUGCGUCGAUAUCGUUGGGAGGAGGUGGUGGAAGCGGGCCUGUGGGAGUUGGGGGCGGGCUUGAUGAAAAUGCAAUUGCUCGAAAACUCAACUGCACCGCUGUUGAAGAUGUAAUUCUCGCGGGGCAACAAAUUCUUAUGUCGCUACAGUCGGGAGAAGGAGAGGCGGUCCUUCCAGGCGUCAAUGAAGCAUACGUUAAUUCGCUCUUCGCCAACGUGGGCCAGCAGUGGAAUACGGUGCUGACGUUGUAUAUACCAGAUGAUACGUCAAAGGAAGAGGAUAUCCGUCAGGUGAUUCAUACGCUGGGUGCGUGCGUGUACACUGUCAUUACGACAGGUUCGUACGCAAAGCUUGCGUCACAGGCGGCUAUCGAAGCUCUCCUCCCACCUGCGUUCCAAUUGCUCUCUCAUGAGUUUUUGGAGAAGUUCCUUAAGGCGGGUUCAACAACAUCGGAUGUACAAAAGCGGCUCAAUGACAUCAUUGUCAAGUCGUUGGACAGGUGCAACGCGACACGGGUUACAUGCGCUUUGUUGCGGGUCUAUACUGAUCGAGUGGCUCGUAAACUGCACGAAACGGACCGAAAUGCGCGCACCUGCCUCGACCUCAUGACUAAGUGUCUAUGGAAGCUUGUACGACAUUGGAAGCAGCACUUACCAGACGAUCUGGAGGUACUGCCAGUCCUUCGUACGGGCGACCACUGCCUGACAGCAUUUGCGGCGAUGCCGGUUCAUGCCUGCGAUGUCGAUAAAGAACUUCGGACAGUAAAGAGUGUCAUAAACGAGCUCUACAGCCACCACGAAAACAAGGUUCUGGAUCAGACGCGAACGCAUUUUGACCCGGAGAGCGAGCUUUACAAAACGGUGAUGCGUGCCAAACGCAACAAAGAGCGCAGCUUCAAGCAGGAGAAGGACCGGACCCGCCUUAAGCAGCUCAUGGUGAAAUUCCAGGAAACGGGCGACCUGGAAGAGGUCGUAAUCCAUGUUUUAGUAGAGGACGUUCCACAGGACGAAGUACUUCGCUUAUGUUCCAGCCCUGACCAGCAAGAGUCCAUUAAGGCCGUUUAUCGGGAACUACCGAAUAUUGCAAAGUCAAUUGAAUCUAAAGGUUUCCCCGAAAACUUUGGCUACCUGUCAUCGGAAGCAGUGACGGAAAUAAUGAAGUAUCUUGAGAAGCUGUGGGAUCUACCUGGUAUGACACCUUCCGACAUGCCCCGAAUCAUCGAUGAAGCUCGAAAUAGACCAUGUCCAGACAUAUCGACAGAAAUUCAACGCCAUACAGAAUACGCCCAACGCCUUCUGGCAGAGCUUAACGAAAGUUGAGAUCAUCAAAUAUCAACCAGCCUCCUCAACAACAUCACCAUUGACUCUCCCGAUUCAAAAUGUGACGCUUUAUUGACUUAGUUUGAAAAAUGUAAUUACGUUGACAGGCAAACUAAAAACCAAAAAAUGAUAAUGUUAUAUUAGAUAACGAUAACGCUAUAACUAAGGCGGAGCAGAUGGAUCCGAUAGUAGUAUUAUUUCAUUCUGAACACAUUCUCCAUGGAAAUGAUACCCAUACUUGAAUUACAAAAUAAUUAUUUCAAAAUCAUCGUCACAUUGUUUUAUUGUCGUGCCGCGUCGUCUAACCUUCCCAGCAUCAAGCUGAAUUCAACACCUUCGACAGGAUUAACAAGUAUCCACUCUCCUGCGACGUACAAGCAGUUAUGCACUUAGAUACAAAUUCAUAACUUUAUCUAUUCAGAAAUUGUCAUCUUGGUUUACAAAUUAUCAUGUCGCCGAUAGAAUCGACAAUCAGGGUGCAUCAAACCUAAAAAGACGAGUGAUUUUUUUAGCGCUAAUAUGACGUCUACAAAAACCUCGCGACCAUAAUGAACAGGACAUCAUAGACUUUCGUGAACUAAGGAAAUCGUGAUAAAAAGUAGUGAUUUUUAUUUUCCAGCAAGCAAGAAAGCUUUCGUUUAUAUCAAAAUAUACAAUUUUAGUAACAUACUACUCGCGAGGCAACGAGUAGAUAA